AUGAAAUUCCUUUGUCUUCACGGUGCCAUUGGCAAUAUUGACAAUAUCAGCAUCCAGCUUGGUUGUUAUAUAAUUUUGAACCAUUCGAUAAGAGCUCUCACUGACUAUGAUGAAGAUCCCUUGGUUAAGGAGAUGGCUUUUGAUAGCUCCGCCUCAUUCUACUAUAUCAACGGCCCUGUUCCUGUAUUGCCUCCGGAUGGCUUCGCGGCGUAUUUUGGAAUUGGACCGCAUUACCGCUGGUUGGAGGAUGGUGGAGCAGCGGAAGACUCAAUGAUCUCUCGUGUUCGAAAGGCUCCGCAUGGCUCAAGCCCCGAAGGCGUGAUGCGAACUUUAGGCAAAGACUGGGAUGGCAGCUGGAACAAUCACCACCAAGUCAUGGAUUAUCUCUAUGACACGCUGGAGAAGCACCCCGACAUCGAGGGUAUCAUUGGGUAUAGUGAGGGUGCAACCAUGGCUGCUAGUCUCAUUAUGGACGAAGAAAGAAAAGCUCAGGAGACCGGGCGUUUCCGCCGCAUCAAGUGUGCAGUUUUUUUCACCGGUUGGCCUCCUCUCUCGCCCGAGGAGAAUGUGGUUUUAGCAGAUGAGAGUGAUUAUAUCGUGGACGUUCCGACCCUUCAUGUGGUCGGUGCGAAUGCAGAUCCUUAUCGAUAUGGUGCACUGGCCCUGUUCAACGUUUGUGACCCUGAUACUGCAGCCAUGUUCGAUACCGGGCGAGGCCACACCAUUCCUCGGUCAGGCCAGAUUAUUCGGGAGCUGGGCAAUGCCGUGCGGGACUUAGUCGACAAAGCGUACGAAGUGUAA